AUGCCUUCUCCACCUGCGAGAGCCCGGAAGCCCAGCAUGUCUCCCGCGUCCACGGGACCCUCGGUGCCCGCAGCGUCUCCCAGUCCUCCUGCCUCCUUGAAGGGCACCAAGUCGGCAAUGCCCAACAGCUCCUCGGUGUCCACCUAACCUCUGACCGCCCCUAACCUGGUCACGAGCCCAAGCAGCUCCAAAUCUCCCAAAUGGGCAAGUACAAAGGCAGCCCCUUCUAACCAGCCCAGCAACGAGUCCCGAGUCCACGGCACGGCCCGAACGCCUAGCAAAGCCAGCACUGACACCAGGGCCAGCAAAGCCAGCAAGGCCAGCAGGGUAAGACGCCCCCGGCGCAGAGGCACCCACAGCCGGGGCAGAACUCCCGGCAGAAGGGGAAGCCGCAGCUCCAAGAGGUCAGCCAACGGGGCCAGCGCUCCCAGCAGGAUAGGAACUAAUGGUGCCAGACCAGGUAUGCCCAGCAGGGUGAGAACUCCUACUUCCCUGCAAAAACGGAGUGGGGGGAAGAGUGGCAGCCAGCCGAGAACCAACAACCGGGAAGGGAGUGCCGGCCGGCCUAGAAAUGCGAGCAGAAAGAGGAGCUACAGCCCCCCAGGAGCCUUGGUUAUGGGGAGGAGUUCCAGCCUGGCUGGAACCCCCAGCAGGGCAAAGAGCUAUAGCCCCACGAGAACUCCCUUCGAGGAGAAAGGUUACUGCCCGUCUCCGUCACCAUCGAGGACGGCGAAGGGUUAUAGUCAGAUGAUCACCCCCAGCAGGGGAUGGAGUUACAGCCCUACUGAAGUGUUCAGCAGGGUCGAGAGUUACAACCAAGGUAGUGCACCCAGCAGGCCCCAAAGUCACAGCCAGUCUAGCACCCCCAGCCAGCCCCGAAGUCGCAGCCGGUCUAGAAUGCCCAGAAGGGCAAGAAGUCGCAGGAGGGAGAGAAAUCAUAGCAGGGCAAGAAGUCGUACCCAGAAGGGAACUCCCAGUCAGAUAGGAAGACAUAGCCACUCUAGAAUCUGCAGCAAGGGGAAAAGUUAUAACCAAUUUAGAACCCCCCAAAAGGGAAGAUGUUACAGCCAGUCUAGAAGCCCCAGCACGGAGAGAGGUCACAGACGAUCUAGAACCCACAGCAAGGAGAGAGGUCGCAGAUGGUCUAGAAGCCCCAGCAAGGAGAGAGACCACAGCCGAUCUAGAACACCCAGAAGAUAG